AUGGGUCGAUUGUUAAGAUUGGAAAUAGAAAAUUUUAAAUCUUAUAAAGGUAAAAUUACAAUUGGUCCAUUUAAGGAUUUUACUGCAAUUAUUGGACCUAAUGGAUCAGGUAAAAGUAAUCUUAUGGAUGCAAUAAGUUUUGUCCUUGGUGAAAAAGCGAUAAAUUUAAGAGUAAAAAAAUUGUCUGAUCUAAUACAUGGAAUGACUCAUGGUCAACCGGCUGCAAAUAAAUGUUUUGUAGAAAUGCAUUUUGAUAUUGGUCGUGGAAAAGUCAAAGUAUUUUCACGUGGAGUUGUUAAUGGAAGUUCAGAGUAUAGAAUUGAUGGUGAACAUGUUACACCACAAUUAUAUGCAUCUGAAAUGGAAAAACAAAAUAUUUUUAUAAAAGCAAAAAAUUUUCUUGUUUAUCAAGGUGCUGUUGAAUCAAUUGCAAUGAAAAAUCCUAAAGAACGUUGUCAGAUGUUUGAAGAAAUAUCUCGAUCAAACGAAUUAGCAUCUGAAUAUAAUAAAUUAAAAGAAGAAAUGUUAAAAAGUGAGGAACUUGCUCAAAAUAAUAUGCAUCGUCGUAAGAAUAUUGCUCAAGAAAAAAAAGAAGCCAGGGCUGAACAAGAAGAAGCAGAAAAAUAUAGAAAUAAACAAAAUGAAUUAGCUAACCUUAAUCAACAAUUAUAUUUAAUGAAAUUACAAUAUGUUGAGAAACAUGCAAAAAAAGCAACAGAAGAUGUAAUUGAAAAAAGAAAAGAAAUAGAAGAAAUUAUAAGUAAACGUGAUGAAUCUAAUGUAAGUAUAAGUAGUGCACAAAAAACAGCUAAAUUAAUUGCUCGUGAGGUACGCAAAUUAGAACAAAUGGCUAAUGAUGUUUUACGUCAACUUGAAAGUGAACGUCCAAAGUAUCUUAAAACAAAAAAUGAAGUUGUACAUGUUAAAGGAAAACUUGCUUUUCAAGAACGUACAUUUGAAAGUAUGACAAAAAGUGCUGAACAACAAAAACAAAAUAUAAAAGAUAUUGAAGGGCGUAUUACUGAAAUAACACGUGAAAGAGAAGAUUGUUUAAAUAAAAUGAAAAGUGAUUCAAAAAACAUGAAUUUAAAUAUGAAUGAAGCAGAUUUAAAUGAAUAUAAGGCAUUAAAAAUGGAAGCUGGUAAAAGAAAUGCUAAAUUUUCAUUAAAAUUAGAGGAUCUUUUUCAAGAAUAUGAAAGUCUACUUACUUUAUUAAAUCAUGAAAAAAGAAAACUAGUUGGAUUUGAGGAAAGAUGUAAAAUUAAACAAGAACUUGUUGAUAGGCAUGAUAUUAUUAUAUCUAAUAAUGAAGAACAACUUAAGACUCUACUUAGUAAUAUUGAAGAAGAAAAAAAAAGUAUUGCAGUAUUAGAUACAGAAAUAAAAAAAGGGAAAAAAAGAAUAGAUGAAGUUAGAGAAUCUCUUGAUGCCGUUGCUAGACAAUUAGGUGAUGCACAAGGUGACUCUGCUGAAAGUGAGAGAAAUCGUAGAAAGAAUGAAGCUUUUGAAAAUUUAAAAAGGAUAUUUGCUGAUCGUGUAUAUGGUCGAUUAGUUGAUCUUUGUCAACCAUCACAUAAGAAAUUUAAAUUAGCUGUAACAAAAAUUUUAUCUAAACAAAUGAUGAAUAUUGUUUGUGAUACAGAAGAAACAGCACGUGAAUGUAUAACAUAUUUAAAAGAACAACGAUAUCAAACAGAAACAUUUUUACCAUUGGAUAGUCUUAGUGUUGGACCAUUAAAUGAACGUAUACGUAAUUUUCCUGAAUCAAAAGGUAUUAGACUUGUAUAUGAUGUUUUACAAAUUUCAAAUGUAACAAAUGUUAAAAAAGCUGUACAAUUUGUUUGCGGUAAUGCCCUUGUUUGUGAAACAUUAGAUGAUGCAAGAAAAAUGGCAUUUGGAUAUGAUUCAUCUGGUGAAAGAUAUAAAGCAGUUUCAUUAGAUGGUACUUUAUUUUUAGAAAAUGGUAUGAUGUCAUCUGGUAAACAUGAAUUAAGAAUGAAAGCUAAAAAAUGGGACGAAGUUGCAAUGAAAAAGCUUCGUGAACAAUAUAUACAAUUACAAGAUGAAUAUCAUUCAUUACAAAAGAUUAAAAAAAAAGAGAUGGAUUUGGAAAUGAAAGAAAAACAUAUACAUCAAUUGGAAAGUCGUGUAAUCUCUGUUAAAGAAGAUAUUAACAAACUUAAAACUACAGAUAAACAAAAUGUUCAACAACAAUUAGAAUUUGCACAAAAUGAAUUAAAUAUGCAACGACCACGUAUAGAAGAGAUAUCUGAAAGAAUUGAAGAAAAAAAAGAAUCAAUUUCAAAUUUAGAAAAAAAGAAAGAUAAUGUCAUAGAUGAGGUAUUUAGAUUAUUUUGUGAAAGGCUAAAUAUUCCAGAUAUAAGAAGAUAUGAGGAACGUGAAAUGAGAUUUCAUGAAGAGAUGCAAACAAAAUUAAAAGAAUUUGACAAUGAAUUAGAUAAAUGGAAAUCAGAAUUAGAAUUUUUAAUUCGUGAUGAUAAAUUAUCAAAAGCUAAAGAAGCUGAAAAUAUGAUCAACUCAUUAUCCCAACAACUUAAAUUACUUGAAGAAAAACAACAAAAAGAAGAAAAUACUAUAAAAGAAAUAGAAAAAAAAUAUGAAGAAAUUCUUGAACAAGGAAAAGAAAAACAAAUUGAACUUGAGAAUGCUGAACAGUCAUUAGCAAUUGCUAAAAAAGAAGCAUCAUCUGUUGAUAAAGAAAUAAAUGCUGUUGAGAAAGUAAUAAUGCAAUUAGAAGCUAUUGUAAGUGCAGAGAAAAUUCAAAGACAUGAUUUACUUCUUGAGUGCCGUCUUAAAAACGUUGAUUUACCACUUGUAAAUGGUAAUCUUAAUGAAUUAAUAUCAGAAGAAGAUGUUAUGGAUGAUCAAGAAAUGGUAAGUCAACAAUCAACAAAUCAAAAAACAUCCCAAAGAAUGAUACAUUCACAGGAUUGGAUUGAAGUUGAUUAUUCAAAACUUAAUAAAGAAUAUAAAAAUGUUAAAGAUGACAUUAAUUUAAAAAAACUUACUGAAAGAAUACUUAAAGAAAUUAGUGAUGUUCAACAUAUUUUAUCAAAAUUAAAUGCUCCCAAUUCUAAAGCACUCGAAAGAAUGGAACAAGUUAAAGAACGUGAAGCUGAAUCAACAGAAGAAUGUGAACAGGCACGUAAAAGAAGUAGAAAAGCAAGAGAUGCAUUUGAAAAAUUAAAAGCUGAACGUAUUAAACGUUUUCACCAAGUAUUUGAACCUGUCUCACAAAAAAUUGAUGAAAUCUAUAAAAUGUUAAGUGGAAAUGAAAGUGCCCAAGCAUUUCUUGGUGCUGACAAUUUGGAAGAACCUUAUCUUGAAGGAAUAUCAUAUAAUUGUGUAGCACCUGGUAAAAGAUUUCGUCCGAUGGACCACUUAAGUGGUGGUGAAAAGACUAUUGCUGCAUUGGCAUUACUAUUUGCCAUUCAUUCUCGUAAUCCAUCACCAUUCUUUGUAUUGGAUGAGAUUGAUGCAGCAUUAGAUAAUAGUAAUAUUGCAAAGGUCGUAAAUUAUAUAUCUGAACGUUCCAAAAAAGACUUUCAAGUUGUAGUAAUCUCAUUAAAAGAAGAAAUGUUCCAACACGCAGAUGCCUUAGUAGGUAUUUACUCAAAACCUGAAAAAUGUACAACCUCUGGAGUGCUUUCAAUAGAUCUCACUGAAAGCUAA